CGUCACACCAUUUUGAUUGACAAUUAAAUAAAUUUAAAUACAAUUUGUGCAAAAUGGCCGCCCAGGUUACUCAGGUACAGCGGUUCUUCAAUGGCUACAAGCAGGAUGUGAACCGAACACUGCGGGAUGCGUCCAAGCCGUGGACCAAAGCCUUUGAUAGCCUGGAGGAGAAGACCGGCAUGGACAGGGUGAAUAUUUUCGUGGGUAGUGUUUUGUUUUGCGCCUUCUACCUGGUCUUUGGCUGGUGCGCCCAACUACUGUGCAAUAUCAUUGGGGUUCUGUACCCCUCAUAUAUUUCCAUACAUGGCAUCGAGUCAAGCACAAAGCAGGACGACAUCAGGUGGCUGAUCUACUGGGUCACCUUUGGCAUCUUCACUGUGAUUGAGUUCUAUCCGAAUCUGCUAACUUCGAUGAUUCCCUUCUACUGGCUGCUGAAGUGUACUUUCCUCAUCUGGUGCAUGCUGCCCACCGAACGGAAUGGUUCUACCAUUAUCUACCACAAGCUGGUGCGACCCUACCUACUGAAACCCGAACCCGUCGACAGGAUGUCCGCCGGAGUGCCAAAGGACGUCUAGAAUGGACUAGCACGGACUAGCUCCAUGCAUUUGGCUUGGGGCCUGCACAACAACAUCACCUCUUAUCGGUUACAUUUUGCAAUAAAUUUUAAUUCUGUUUUUA